AUGUCUCAACACAACCCCCUAGCUUCAACGUCCACGCCUAGUACGAAGUGUCCGCCAACUCCAGAGUGCAAAUUCAAAUUUGAUCCCAUUGAACUCCAACCACUUCCUCAAACCAACCAAGCCCGCCUAGAUUGGUUUCUCAAAGUCUCUUCAGCCGCUGUGUGGUCGCCACGGCUCCCUUCGCCACACUGGUCACGAAUCUUGAACCGGGAGAACAAAGGCACGGUCGACAACAGUGAAAUUCAAGGAGAUUCAGAUAUCAACGCCUCAAUUGCGCAUAGUCAGCAUAUAUUGUAUCCGAACAGUUCAGUGGAACAACGCAUGACUGCCCGCCGCGCUCUUGUCUCCAAUGCCACGUUCCACGCCAUUCUCGUUCGUAAUGGGGUCACCAAGUCCUCGUAUAGCAAGCCACUCGCCAAUGCGCUCGAAGUCUACUUUCAUGCUCUGGCGGUGUUCGAUUUUUUCCUAGCCGAGAUGUGGGUUAUUCACCCCGUUGAUACAUAUCGUUAUGUCUCAGUGCGUUGUCUCCUUUCGUUCUACUUCCAUCCACAUUCAAGUCGUCGUAGACCAGGGUCUCUCGAAAAGCGCAAGUGGCUAGAAGAUGAUCAUGAAGACGAGAGCAGACCGACUCAGAAACACUGCAGAGGGCUUGAUCCUGUCACAGCAAUUGUACACUACCUCCCUCAAGUUCCCGCUAUUGCUCCCCUUCUUCGGCUCACCACUACCCAAGAAGACAAGAAAAUUGAGGCGCAGGGCAAGGGCAGCAAGCGUUGCAAAGAAAACCGACCACCGCAUAGAAGUUCCUGGAGUUCGCGCCCCCGUUCAAGCCACGAGAUCUUUCGUGAUCAACUUCCAACCCUUCCCUUGUCGAUGUUCUUCGAUGCGGCUGCUCGCCUGCCUCGCCCCGCGCUCGAUGACCUUCUCAGACUGGAACCCUUGUGGUAUAACGGUGUGAUGGACUGUGGUCAGGCUCUCUCUGCUCGUGAUCUUCUGGCUGUCUUGUCGUUGGCUUCGCCCACAAUAUCAAAUGCGGAUCUGACGCUUCUGCGGAAUGCGACCUGCGACCACAUUCGUCGAAUAACCCGGUUAGCCGACCUUCUCAAUGUUCCUUCGCUGGGCAGAUCACGCAAGCUCGACUUGGCUGCCGUGUACUUCUUUAUUGCCAAUCAUGAACGCGACCUUCCACCUGAACAAACUUGGUUGUGGCAAGUCUCAAGGCCAGCUCGCUUAAUGGCCAAAGCCAAAGGGCAGAGCAUUCCGUUCAAGACGGUCGCAAACGGUGAGACUUUGGGGGUCUUGAGGACAUUACGUCGUCUGGGAGACCAAGGUGCUCGGGAGAUGGGUUGGAUCGGCGAGCCACUUCGCAUCACUGGCGGUUUGACAAGCAGUCCAGCACCAUUGGAUUCUGAGACUCGGGCGGGUUCGGAUUCCAGCUUUCCUGUAUGA